AUGAAAAAGGGAGACCAUGAUUAUUUGCCUAGUGAUUACUCUGAAAAUGAAUGGUUAAGUGCCAGAGGACUUGUAAAUGAGAAAGAUGGUCAAGGAAACACACCCAUCCACUUGCUCUCUUCUUAUCAAAUUUCAGAUUUCCGGUUCUUAUUCGAUCGGAAAGUGGAUAAGAAGGCGUAUAAUAGCGAAAACUUGACAGCUUACGACAUAAUUUCAAGGGCCAAGGAGGACAUUUCCAAGAAAAAGAUUCUAGAGCAGUUCGAACAUGUUAUGCCUGAAACUCGAUCUUUGCGUUGGAAGAAGAUGAGGGAGAGACAGAGAAAAAGGAGAGAGUUCAUCACAGCCUACGACAUAAUUUUGAGGCACGAGGAAAACAGUACAGAGGAAAGGGAUAUAAUGAAGCAAUUGAUGGAUGAGGAAGAAAUUCAAUUUCAGUAUUAUAAGAAGCAAUCCAUGGAUGAGAAAGAAAGCAAAGAGUACAACGAGAAACGCAUCGUUGCAUUACGAGAACAAGGCAAAAACCAUUUGAUAGUUUCUACGCUUAUAACAACAGUAACUUUUGCUGCGGGUUUCACCUUGCCCGGUGGUUACAAAGAUGAUAAUGGCAAGGCAAUUUUAUCAAAGAAAGCACUUUUCAUAACAUUUGUUGUGGCGGAUACCAUAGCCAUGCUCUCCUCACUGAGCGCUGUAUUUCUUCACUUUUUUAUGACCGUGCGUAAACAGGAGGAUUACCUUGCAAAGCACUUGUUUUCGGCCUUUCUUUUGACCAUGAUUGGCAUAGGAGCAAUGGCGAUCGCUUUCGCAUCCGGCUUGUACGUCGUUUUACCACCUUUCUCUGCCCUUUCAUUUCUCACUUGCAUCCUCUGCUCUUGCUUUUUGCUCUUCUUUAUAUUGAAAUUUUCUCAAAAGUGGAGAAGUAUGAUUUUGGGCAUGCUGACUUAG